AUGUAUGAGGUCUACAACAGGCUGGAUGAAAUAUCAAAGAAGAAGUUGGAAAAUUACUGGAAAUCUGCAUCUGAUUCUGACGAGGACGCUUUUUACCUACAAAAUAGGACAAUAUUGUACAAACAUAACAUUGAAAAGCUGAUGGGAGAUGCUCCAAUUUCUGCACUAAUCAUCGAUGUUUAUGGAGAGGCACUUAAUGAUGAUGCGAAGCAGAACCCUCAGAAACAGAAAAAUGCAUAUUUGUCCGCCAAUAACUAUAUGUUUUUGCGAGAUGAGAACCACCAUACGCUGCUUGUCUUUGACACCGGUGCAGCAAAAUGGACACACUUCAACUCAUUCAGGGGGACAUCAGAACAAACUCUCCAAUAUUAUCACAAGAAGGCAAUUGUUUUGGUUGAGACAGCAAAUAUAUUCCUCUGUCUUCUUAAGGAAUGUGCUGCAGUAUCACUGAAAACAAAACUCGUCCAAAUUCCUGAUUUUGAUGCCAAGAAGCCGAGAGGGCUUAAUGAAGCUUCAGCUAGAAUGAUAACAAAAUACUUGCCAGCAACGAAACUUACACCAGAAUAUGCUCAGACAAUGAAGUAUCUGAUUUGUCAUGAUACUACUAACUUCAAGCUGACUGAGAACAGAGAAUGUCCCCAACAAGCAAACAUUCGUAAGUUACGCAAUAACAGUGAAACUUUCAUCCUAUUCAACUAA